UGUCUUCCUCUCUCACUGUAUCUGAAAAAACAGCUCCAGACACUGACAGAAAAACACUUGCUGUCAUGUGUUGAUCUGUGAGGUUUUACACUGAAUGAAGAUGAGUGGAGUUUGAUUUGAUGCAAUGAUUGAGACAAGCUCUUCAGGAGGAGGGAAAAUGUCUCUGUGGUUUCUGGUUCCCAUCAGUUUGCCUGUGUUCACACUGCCUGGAAUCUGGAUCAUAUAUGCGAUGGCCCUUUACAAUCAGCACGUUUGUCCUGUGAAUAACUGGGUAUAUAACUCAACCUGUGAGACGUCUUUGGUUCUUCAGAGUGGAUCUGAUCUGUGCUGCACGCUGGACAACAUCCCACUCAUCAGUAAAUGCGGCGGUGUUCCUCCAGAGAGCUGCUGGUUCAGUCUGCUGUGCAGCACUGCUUCAUUCUUGGUGAUUGUGAUUGGUCUGCUGCGUUACGCUCAACUCAUCCAUAAGCACAGCAACAGCGUGUUGAACAUCGAGGGUCUGUUUGCUGGAUGGCUCUGUGCUGCAGGACUCAUGAUUGUAGGAAACUUCCAAGUGGACCAUGCUAAAGUUCUUCAUUAUGUGGGCGCGGGUCUGACCUUCCCUGGCAGUCUGCUGUUUGUGUGUGUGCAGACGCUGCUUUCGUACCGCGCAGCCCAGACGCAGAGAGACUUCCAGACCUCUCAUCUGCGGCUGACGCUCACCGCACUGGCCUUCAUCACCCUCAUACUCAGCGGUGUGUUUUUCAUUCAGGAGAGUUUCGUUCUCCAGCAUGCGGCUGCUGUAUUGGAGUGGAUCUUUGCCAUCAUCGUGCUGCUGUUCUACAGUUCCUUCUCGCUGGAGUUUGGCUCCAUCUCUUCAGAAACACUCGCCGCUCUGAUGACGAGACGAGCCGGCGCGUCUGAGGAGGGACGGAGGCUAGAGAAAGUCUAGACAUCAGCCUGAAGAGAACAUGAGGAUUAACCUCCAACCUGCUGGAUAAACCUUUACUACCUUUAGCUGCAUUACAGACAAUCUGAAUUUAAGAAUGUAGGAGAAUUGUACAAAUCUUUGUUAAGAUGCCCUUUUAGGAGCAAUGCAUGGAAUGUUAUGAUCAUGACUGGGAGUAAAAAAUAAAUAACUGUAAA